GAACAAUAAUAAAGAAAAAAAACGUGAAAUUAUAGCAUCAAAUUUAUACUUCUUGCGAAUACUAGAUGAAGUUAUCUCCGCGCAAAACCAGUCUUAUUUGUCUGACACCGUUUUGCCAACGUUACAAAAAAUAAACAUUUGUCGUUUCAUUUCAAUUCGUGGGGUGGGGGUUAAUUUGUGUCCCUAACCUCAAUUUUCAGAAACUAAACAACAGAUCAUUUCACACAAAAGAAGUGGACUCUGUACACACAACUCAUUUAAAUGUGAUCAUUUCACCGCAGAAAUUCUUUCAGAAUGACUGAGAAUUUAAUUUCCGAGCUGGAAUCGGCCGCUGCGAUCAUCAUGGCCCCCCCGAAUCUCGUGACGAACGAGCAACGACACAACGCCGAAUAUGUCUUUCUAAAUUUCCGAAAGUGCAAAUCCCCGUUUGCUAUAUGUCGGCAAAUUUUGGAUAACUGCCAAGUCCAUUAUGUUCUCUUCGAAGCUGCCGAAACCCUCAAAAGUGCCCUUAUCCGCGAAUGGUCGUUCUUGUUAGAUUCCGACAAGUUCUCGCUACGUCAGUACUUGAUGCACUACGUUACCACGAAGCAAAUACCCCCGUUCGUUCGGGACAGGAUUUUACAAGUCAUUGCGAUCAUGGUGAAGAGAGCCAGCGUGGACGAUGGCGGUAGAGACAGGAGUAACAUUUUGCAAGAAGUGGAGAAUAUUAUCCUGAACGCGGAGGCUGAAAAGAAAAUUCUCGGGUUUAAUAUUAUUUCGAAUUUGAUGCAAGAGUACGCGAGUACGGUUAAGUCCACGGAUGUGGGGCUACCGUGGGAGGUGCAUUUUAAAGCCAAGAAGCAGUUCGAGUCGACGGAUUUGAAGAGGAUUUUUCAGUUUUGUGUACAGUUAUUGUCGGAAGUUGUGAAGAAUGACCCGCCUUAUCCUGAGAAUGUGUUGGAAUUGACGAGGUAUAUUUUGAAGGUUACGGAGAACGUGCUGACGUGGGGGUACAUUUCGCCGUUAUUACCCAAAAGGUUAAUCGGUAUCUAUGAAUCCGUAUACGAAGCAGACCAAGCGCCCGCCUUACGACUCUCUGAUAGCUGGUCCGAGUUAAUUCUCUCCCCUCAACUACUUCCCCUCAUGUUCCAAGUGUUUUGGAAAGUAAAAGAUUACGAUGGGUUGUCCCAUCACGCAUUGACCUGUUUAGUCCAGUUAGCUUCCCUAAAUGGUACCAUCGUAUCCACAGACAACAUUAGGCUAGAAUACCUAAAAUCCUACAUGGAAAACUUCUCCAAACUUGUGUCAAGCGUCACCAUAAAGAACAAAGAAUCGUUAGGUGUGUCCAACAUAGUGAAAAAAAUGAUCGUAUUUUUCAUCAACGACAUCCAACGACUACCCACUCAGCUCCAAGACUCGUAUUUAGACGAACUCACGCGGUUGACGUGUUCGUUCUGCAAGGGAGCGGCCAUGGAAGACAUGUCCUCGGACGAAGAACGAUACUACAACGACGCCUUCGACAACAUGAUGGAGGCCUGGAUCAGCAUCCUGCAAGAAUACUCCACGAACUCCAACGGCAACAUCCACGAGUGCGCUGUCCAAAUCUUCAACACAUAUCUCCAGUUCCACCUAGCGCCCCCCGACGGCUCCCGCCAGAACCACGAGAACGAGCCCCAAGAAAUCGAAGACAACGAAGACAUCGACAGAAUUUCGUUCAAAGACCAGUUACAAACGAUCGGUAUGUUCGGAAGGAUUAUCCCGUCACAUGCUUUGCCUAUUAUAUACAAAUUGCUCGAGAUGAGCACGGAGAAGCUCAAAAUGAGUCUCCAGUUGAUGGAGUCGAGGGCGAUGAAUAUCUCGGAGUCCGCGAACUUGGAUAACUUGUUCGAGGACAUCCACUGGGUGAUUUUGAUCGCCGGUCACAUUCUUUGUAUGGACAGCGACGGCGAAACGCCGAUGAUUCCGUCGGAGAUGAUGCAGUACUCCAUCGAGCAGUUGCGGCAAGGCGCCGCCACUCUCGACGCGAGUUUGGCGGUUUUAGCGUCUUCGCACCAGAUUAACAACGUGCCGCCGGAAAUAGAGAGGUGCGAUCACAUAGUGAGGAUAAUUUCAGACGUGCUGAAGCUGUGUGUGGUGGAGAACUCGGCGGCGGAGGCGAAAUUGGGGCACUUUAUGAGUCCUGAAGUGAGUUCGACGAUUAUGUGGUUUCUGAAACGGUGGUGCCUUUCGUAUUUGUUGCCUGUAGAGAACUAUUACCAAGAGGUGAGCCCGGUGCUAGUCGGAGCGGUGGGGAAAGACACCGAAGGUGCGAUUUUCGUGGUGAAUUUUAUUCUAGAUAAAAUUUAUUCCAACAUUUGUCAUUUUCAUUCGGAGCCGAUUCUGCUGAGGGACACCGUGGAUUUGCUGACGGCGCUCGUGUGCAUUAAGCAGAAGCAGUCCCUCUGCAUCGUCAAGAGCAAGAGCUUGUGGAACCUCAUAACCCUGCAGGAGAAACUAGCUCCAGGUGGUUUACCCCCCAACAUUCGCCGGGACCUCUUCAAGAGCUUCGUUCUCGCGGGCGUCGCUUUACGCGACAUGCAAGAACUCAACGGCUACUUCGACCAAAUCCUCAGCCCUCUCAAAGUCCGCUUCGACAACUUAGUCACCCAAGAAGGCACCUUCCGAGCCAACUACCACAAAGAAGAAGUCCAAAAGGAAGUGAUCGACAUCCUGGAGAGUUUCAUCGGGAUAGCCAAAGGCUCCCACAUGACCACCGUGCAAAUCCUCUUCCAAUUCCUCGCACCCAUGCUAGCAGAACUACCAAAAAUACUAACCUUCUACAACAACUACCAAAUCAUAGUCCAACUAAUCCUGGAACUAUUCGGUCAAUGCGCUAAAAACAUGCUGUGUUAUCUAUGCCAACUCGACAGCAAGAAACUGUACGAAAGCACCUUAGCCACCGUUCAAGCUUACGCCAAGUGCAAUUCUAACAAAUUCAGCGGCGAGACGCUAGCCGAGGAGAACAGUUUCCAGGAUUUGGCGCUGAUUCUCGAUUUACUAACGUUCAUUCUAUCCAAAGAUUGCAUAGACUUGUGUCCCAUCGACGAGGAAGUGGUUACGGUGACGGCUUCCGACGUUUCGUUGUUCGGUUUAAACUUCAUCAUGCCUUUAAUGACUGUCGAUCUCCUCAAGUAUCCCAGUUUGUGCUCGCAAUAUUACAGAUUGUUAGUUUUAAUCAACGACAUCUACCCGGAGAAGAUCUGCAACUUGCCGCAGAAUUUGUUCCAGCAGUUGCUCAGUUCGAUCGAACUCGGUUUGACUCAGUUCGGGUCGGACGUGGCUCAAGCGUCGUUGGAUUUCGUACAAGGGAUGUCGUCGUAUUUUUUCAGGAAUUCGUUGCAGCAGUCGCCGAUCUGCCAGGCUAUGAAGCCGUUUUUGAAACUGAUUUUGGAUUUGACGCUUUCGCACCAAAUUAAUUCUGAUCUCAUGAGUUCUGCUAGUACUUGUAUUUAUGCUUUGAUUUGUUGUUAUGAGGAGGAGUACAGGGGGCUGGUGGAUAGGUUGAUUAAGUCGCAGGUUGAUCCUUUGAUAGCGGACAGGUUAGCGGCAGCUUUUCACAAUUUGACACUGAAUGUAGCUAUGAAUGGAGAACGUCAACCCAAGCUGAAGUUUAGGGAUAAUUUUGAUAAAUUCAUUGCUAACGUACAAGGGUUUCUGCUAGUGAAGUGAAAAGGUCGAUUUAGUUGCUUCAAGUGUCACUUAACACUUGGUAUAUGUAUACAGUGUUUUCUCUAACUGACCUAUGAUCACACGAUGCGGUUUAUUUUUUCUUUUUGGUUUGUAAGUAUUUAUUUUUAUUGUUUUACGGAAAUGAGCGUGCUUAUGAUCAUGGAGUUUUAUUUCAACCUACGUAGUUACUGAGAGUUCAGUAUUUAGUGGCAACGAAUUCUUCUACUUUGUCUUGAAUGUUGUGAAAGUAACGUAAGACCGUUCAAAAUUUUAACCACUAUAUUUUUAUACAGCUGUAAUUAUCUUUGUUGUACAUUACAGUCAAUAAAACAUUCAUUUUUUUA